UCCCUUCAAAAUGCAAUAUUUUAUCAUCCCGCGAAACUCCUUUUUCCAGGUCUUUCACAAUAUCAAAAGUUGAUUUACUAAAAAUUAUAUAAUUCACAAACUAAUGGUCCCACAACUGUCAAAUAUUUACAUGCGCCUUUUGAUGGUUAGGGGUAACUGCAUGUGCAUUUAAUUCUAUGGUUUAGACCGGGAACUUUUCAAUUGACCUGUUACUAAUAUUGAGACUAGAAUGAUAAUGAAGUACCAAACUGCUGAUGUGCUGAUCAAUUCUGAACUAAUGGGUUGACUAAACAAAUAUUUCCUAAACCAAAGGCUUUCAGAUUCCAAAUAUUAAUAAAUCAAGCCAUUUCGUACAAAUUAUUGUUAUAGCUGGCGACAGAUGAAGGUGAUAAGUGGAAAGUUUACGUAAAAGAGAAGAAAUCUCGUUAACUUUGGUUGUGCCGAAGCUAUAAUACCCUUCACACAUAAUAAAACACACAUUACACUAUCUUGAUUUUUAUCGGUCAGCUUGUAUGGCAGCUAUAUGCUAUAGCGACCCGAUCUGCACAAUUUCUUCAGAUAUUGCACCAUUGCCGUAGACAAUAACCCAUCCCAAAUAUCUGGAAAACACCUCGCUAAAUGAAAAAUUUGGCAUACAAGCACUUGAUUCCGAUUGUUCAAACUGGCAUCGAGUAAAACAAAACUAAACUUUUUGAACAGACUUCACGCUCUUUCACUCACCCAUGCAUUUAUCCAUAUAUGUACAUAUGUAUAUUUAAAACGCUGGAUAUGCUAUCACAAAGUAUAUAUGUAUAGAAGCAUAAGUACAUAUAAACAUAUAUUUACGAAUUUUAAGACCGCAUUAGUCGGCAUUUGAUAUCAGUACAUUAGUCAUAUUUAAGAUCCCAACAUAAGUCAAGCUCAAGUGCGAGAAGUGCGCUCACUUUCAGUCUGCGCCGUUGGAUAAUCCGAGUCGGUUUGCUAUUAAAUUAAGACUUCUUUUAUCGAAAUGUUCUGCUUUGUAUUAUUAUGUUUAAAUAUAUAUUCCAUAGAGUCAUUUAAUUUGGCACCAAAACCAAAUCUUAUAAUCAAGGAACCGUUAAACCAAGCGCCAGGAAACGGUAACCAAAAACCGGUUAGUUCCUACUUCGGCUACACGAUUUUGCUACGUGACAAGAGCAUAAUAAUCGGCGCACCACAAGCAAAUAAUGGAUCGAUUCAAACCGGUGCGAUUUACAAAUACGAUUUUGCGACCAAACAAGUGAAACCGCUUAAAUUGGAAAAUGUUGCGGAGUUUACGAAUUUCAAUAAUCUGCGACCAAAUACGGAGCAUCAGUGGUUAGGUGCGUCUAUGGAUGGCGGCAGCAAAGAUGAGGAGCCGCUGAUUGUAUGCGCUCCGCUAAAAACUGCCACUUUGGGCAAUAACAAAGUGUACAUGCACGGCAUUUGCUAUUGGACUAACAACACAAUGAACGAUGAUUCACAAGAUCGAGUCUGGCAAAUAUUAAGUCCAUUUUCCGCUAAAGGUAAACAGGAUGAACAGGAUGUCAAAGAUGAAAAGGGUAAGCCGCUAUACGCCAAUCUGAGAUUUGGUGAAUUCGGUUUCAGCGUCCAAUUAACGCUGAAGAAUGAUGAAGUUAUAUCCGGAUCACCAGGCGUCCAGAAUUGGGCAGGAAAGGUAAUACACUACAAUAUGAAUACCCAAAAACCCAGAGCGACAAUACACGCACCAAAAAUGUCAUCAUAUAAAGGAUAUGCCGUGGGAUGUGGGCACUUCAAUGUCAGCAAUAAGGAGCAGUUGUCAUACGUGGUUACUAUACCAAAUGCGAACAGUGAAACGAAAUUGGGUGCGGUACAAAUUUACACUGCAUCGCCGAGUUGGAAUAUACAAUUUCCGUUUAAACUAGGGUUGACCGGCGCACAAUAUGGCGAGUACUUUGGUUAUUCCCUACUGGUGGAUGACCUUAAUGGUGACGAGCUCGAUGAUAUGCUCAUUGGUGCACCACAUCACACAGUUGACAGUGUUUUCGAAGCGGGUGCAGUCUAUAUGUUUAUAAAUCUUGGACGCAGAAAACAGCUGAGUUUCAAGCAAACAUUGUUGGAGUCUCCGUUUUCGAGAAGUGGACACUUUGGAACUUCAUUGGGUAAACUGGGAGACGUAAAUGGUGAUGGUUAUAACGACAUAGCUAUUGGCGCUCCGUUCGCUGGUAAUAAUGGCAAUGGGGCGGUUGCCAUCUACUUUGGCGGUCCGAACGGUCUCGACGUCCAACCACGACAAAUAUUGAACGUGAGCGAGCAAUUAGUCGGCAGUGGUGCCAUGUUCGGUCACGGUCUCUCUAGAGGUGGUGCUAACAAUACGAAUGACUAUAAACUGGCUGUCGGCGCACCAAAUGCGGAUGUGGUGUUUGUUUAUCGCGCGUAUCCGGUAGUGAAGAUUAAUGCGACAAUACUGCCAAAUAAUUUAAUAAUUCCCACAAAUACAACAAGCUUAAAAUUCGAUAUAUGUAUUAAUAUUCAAAGUAAUUCGACGAAGAUUCUAACACAAGAACUGCUACUCGAUUUGAGUGCCGGUGCUGAGGAGAAGCGUAUAAAUGUGAGGCAUUGCAUUGGCAAGGAGCCCUUCAUGGCGAGUUUAACGCCGCAAUGUCUGUCAUGUAAUGCCACGCUCAUAUCCGAUGACCGUUAUAUAUUUAUACCGAUAAUUAUGGAGCUGACUUACCGCUUAAAAAAUGAUGGCAAGACACAGGAGGACUCGGAAUUUUGCAGUGAUUGCGCGGUCGUAGAUCCCGCGUGGCCAAGCAUGGUGAAAGCUCAAAUCCAAUAUCUACAUAAUUGCAAGGGUUCGGUUUGUUCCGUCGAUCUUUGGUUUGGAGGUGUCGAAAUACCUAAGAAUGUAACAUUAGGCAGCGGCAGCGUAUUACCUCUCAAAUAUAUUAUAACUAACAAUGGCGAGGAAGCCUACAAUACCCUACUCAUCAUAAAAUCCUCCUUAAACGUGCCCAUCGCAAAAAUGCCUGCCGAAUGUGUUGGAGAAUUCGAGUUUAGUUGGCGUGUGGUGUGCAGCAUUGCGAAGCGACGGGCCUUCAAAGGUAGCACGGAACUAGAGCUCAGCCUUGAUCUUAGUAAUGUGGUCGGUGCUACUGAAGUGGAUAUAAACGCAAUUGUUCACAGUACGGGAAAUGAAGUGAGUCCAAAGGAUAACAAAUCGUCUGACAAGGUAAAACUUACCACAACAGCUGAGAUUUGGAUAACAGAGACUUCAACGAACAAAAUUUUUGCUGGAACCGAUGGGAAAGAAAAUAUCGCGGUUUCAACGGCUUUUGAGAUACAAAAUAACGGUCCUAGUCCGCUUAGUUCCUUUCACUUAAUUGUUGAUUUUCCUAUUGGAUUCAGCGGCGGCCAAUAUAUCAGCAACUACUCAGCGCAAGCUUAUUUCAAGGACCAUGAGUAUUCUAGUUUAGAAUUCAACAAAUCUGCACCAGCGUCGCCACCAAUAUUGAACACUACCGAGAUAUUAUACUUGAAUCAUUUACCCGAAAAUCACACGACUUUUGUCAGUUGCCAAUCGACCGAAAACUCCGAAAUGUCGUGCGCCUUGAGUGAUUUGCUGCUGACGAAUGCCUUGUUCCCUGGCGAGAAUAUCACAUUGUUAUUGAACUAUGAAAUGAACUGGAAAAAGGCUGAGAAACUGCUGCCAAGCAAUAGUCAAUAUUUGGCCCAUGUUGCAAUGGUGAAUUUUAGGACAGAUAUACCCCUAAAUGGUAACUUAAGUAUUAAAAAGCAUUUCAAAGGCGCCAUAUUUGUGAAGAUCGCUAAACGUAAUCUAUUCUGGAUAUAUUUGGGCGCCAUAAUUGGUGGUAUACUUUUGCUUAUUGGAAUGAUAUUGCUGCUAAGAAAGCUGGGCUUCUUCAAACGAUUGACAAAGGAGGAAAUGGAGAAGAAUUUGAUUGAAAAGCGUGAAAAGGCGCGCAUGAAGGAGGAUCUCGAUGUGUGUGUGGCCGAAAUAGAGGAUGAUUUAACCAGUUCUUAGUGGUUUUCAUGCAGUGCAAAGAUUAUUAAAAUAUUAAAUAUUAUUAAGUCAAUUGUAGAUCAUAUAUGAAGAUACACAUUUAUUCAGGGUUUUUUGUUAAAUAUAAGAGUAUUAAAUUCUCCAGAACUAAAAUAUA